ACGAUGUUAAAAGCAAGCAGUAAUUAAUAUCAAUCGACCAUCUUUCACUUCCCCAUCUUCUCAAAUGUCUCCCAAGUCGUACCGCAUCGUCGUUCUGCCAGGAGAUGGCAUCGGACCAGACGUUGUUGCACAAGCAACGCGAGUGCUAGAGCUCGUCAGCGAAACAUCUACAUCGGUCAAGCUCAUUCUUGAGCCUCAUGACUUUGGUGGAUGUGCCAUUGACAAAUAUGGCGAACCCCUGCCUCCAUCGACCCUAACCGCAUGCCAAGAGGCAGAUGCCAUUCUUAUGGGCUCUGUGGGUGGUCCCAAGUGGGGCCCCGAGGCGAAAGUCCGCCCUGAGCAAGGUCUUCUGGGCAUUCGCAAAGCUCUGGGUCUAUAUGCAAACGUUCGCCCGGCGAACUUUGCAUCCGACUCAUUGCUUGCAUACACCCCUCUCAAGCCGGAGAUCGCCAAGGGUGUCGACAUGAUCGUCAUCCGUGAGCUGAUCGGUGGUCUUUAUUUUGGUCCUCGUCAAGAACAAGGGGAUGGCGAUACUGCAUAUGAUACCAUGGUUUACAGUGUUGCCGAGGUUGAAAGAAUUACCAGGGUUGCAGCACAGAUUGCUCUUGCUGCUAACCCGCCCCUCCCCAUCCACUCGAUCGACAAGGCAAAUGUCCUUGCAAGUUCGAGGUUGUGGAGAAAAGUUGUCACUGAGACGCUGGCAAAGGAAUAUCCCCAGCUGACUGUUGACCACUAUCUCGCUAAUCCCAAAAAGUUGAACGGUGUGGUCUUGACUGAGAACAUGUUCGGUGACAUCUUGUCAGAUGAGACGAGUGUUAUUCCUGGUUCUCUGGGAUUGCUGCCAUCGGCAUCCCUUGCUGGUGCACCUGCACUGGUUUCGGACCCCUCCUUCAAACCUACUUCAGGCAUCUACGAGCCUAUUCACGGUUCUGCUCCCGACAUCGCUGGCAAGGGCAUUGCCAACCCGAUUGGCACCAUUCUCAGCGCUGCCAUGCUGCUGCGAUACUCCCUUGGUCUCGAGAAGGAGGCUCAGGCUGUCGAGGCUGCUGUUCGUAAGGUGUUGGAUGAGCCAAGUGCUGGUGGAUAUGGUAUCAGAACAGCUGAUCUGCGUGGUAAAGCAACAACUAUUGAGAUCGGCGACAAGAUUGUCGAGGUGCUCAAAACCCUGCUAUAGACGGAUUUAGUGACGGACAGAAAUAUACGACUAUGUCAGGUAGAAUCGAUGGAAAUGUACAUGUAUCCCGCUACUCAAGGUUAAAAGCCGAUUCCAUCAAAUAUCUGCACUCUCCAAGGUCGAAG